AUGGACUCGUCACCGGAGAUGGAGAAGUUUGGCGUAUCGGAUUUCGAAUAUGAACAAAUGAUGGAUCCUCUAAGACGUCGAAUGAAACAAACGAAGAAGCAGACAAUAUACGGUGUCUUCGCAUCGGAUGAUUCUGAUUCUGAGGCCGAACAAAGUGGCUUUGGUAGACGGGAUGCUGGUCUCAAGCGUAAGGGUGCCAAUUAUUCAGCACCGAUCACCUUUGUCAGUGGUGGACUGAAGGUCGGUAGUUUAAGCGCUUCAGAUGAUAAGAAAAAAACUGAAGGUGAGGAUUCAGAUCCAAUUACGGAUGAAGAAGACGAUAAACACGUGUUAAGUAGCUUACAGCCCCUUCACGACUCAGACUCAGAUUUCUCGGAUUCUCAUGUAAGCUACCAGUCAAAUAAACCAGCUAAUAUACAUGUUGGCUCUGCACGCCGUGCAGCGAUGGCAGCUGCAGGUUCAAAGUCAGCAGCUUCCGGUUUCGGUGCUUGGGAAAAACAUACAAAGGGUAUUGGAAUGAAGCUUUUAGAACAGAUGGGUUAUGAACCGGGCAAAGGUCUAGGAUCGGAGGGUCAAGGAAUUGUAACCCCAGUUGAAGCUGUACAGCGAGUGGGAAAAGUGUCUGUGGGGUUUUAUGGACCAGAGAAGACUGCCGCUCCUCGUCGUGGUAAUGAAGCUGUUACAGAAAAACCAAAUUCUGUAGGUGGGCCACGUUACAAAAAGAAACCAGGAGCACAGCGUAAUCAGACAACUAAACCAGCUUAUGAGUAUAAAACAGCCGACGAGAUAGUUGCAGAUCUUUGUCCGGCGACCCCUGCAGCUGCUGUGAAACGACAUGGAAUAUUUCUUGAAAACAGUGAACUAUCUAAAGUGAAAGUAAUAGAUAUGACAAGUAAAGAACAAAAAGUUUAUUCAGGUUAUGAAGCCGCCUUAUCUCGUGUUGUCCAAAAACGUCGAAAGCCAGGAGAUGAUUCUACUCUGUCAGAUGAUGAAGGUCCAGAUGCUAGUGGCAAACAGGUUGAAAAACGUUUAGAGGGAACCUUUUUUGAUUGCCCUGCACUACGGCAUAAUUUCGCCUUGGUUAUGCGAACUGCUGAGGAUGAGAUUAGAAAGUACGACAGUGCUGCAAGAUUUGAAGAAGAUCGUGCAGUUGGUUUGGAGCAUGAAAUUGAAAAAUUAACAGAAACAAUUGAGCAUGAAGAAUGUGAAGUUAAGCAACUCGAAAAGGCUUUAAAUUUGAUAAAAAGAUUCGAAAAUGAAUCUGCUAUUCAUUCAAGUUCUGGGACAAAUUUAACUUCUGAUGACAUUUUAUCUUGGAUGUCACUUAUACGCGAGGAGUGUGCAGAUUUGGAUGAAAUGCCAAUCCUUAUGGCAUGUAUUGCACGUCCAAUGUUGGAUAAUUCCUUGUCUAAGUGGAAUCCGCUUCAAAAGCCUACAUUUUGUCUCGAUUUAUUGUCACGUUGGAAAGAUUUCUUUCAAAAUUCAUGUGCAUUUGAUGUUAUACUUGAAACAACCUGGUUGAGUACAAUGCGUCGUGCAAUAGUUAACGAGUGGAAUCCUCGAGACUGUGAACCUUUGUUAGAGGUUCUAGAAGCAUGGAAACCUUUACUACCGGUUGAUAUGUUGGAACACAGAUUACUCGAUGAACUAAUUCUUCCAAAGUUGCAGGAAGCUGUCAAUUCAUGGAAUCCCUUAACGGAUACAAUACCUGUCCAUACAUGGUUACAUCCAUGGCUACCUUGGUUCGGAGGAACUGAACGUCUUUCUUGUGUACAUGAUAUAGUUCUUCAGAAGCUUGGAAGCUGUCUUACCAACUGGCAUCCAAGUGAUGCAUCUGCUCGCUCAGUUCUUAUGCCAUGGCGCACUAUUUUUCCACUUACAUCGAUGGCAGCUUUUCUCAGUCGUCAUGUAGUGCCGAAAUUGGCUUUAGCCUUACAACAGUUUCAGCUCAAUCCUGCCAAACAGAAUAUGGAUCCAUGGAAUUGGGUUAUGCGUUGGGCUGACUUGAUUGGGCCUGCUGUGCUUGUAAACUUACUAGAGCAUCAUUUUUGGCCGCGUUGGUUAUCAGUUCUUUCAAACUGGCUAAAUCAAGGUGCAGAGGCUAGGCAACGUGGUGACCAUACUGCUGCCGGUCAAAUUUUCCAAGAAGUUGGUCGUUGGUAUGCUGGUUGGAAGGGUCAGUUGCCACCGGAGUGUAUGGAAUAUGCCAGUGUAAAAGAUGCUCUGACGAAAGCUUUAUCGAUGAUGGAACGUUCAAUGCGGGGCUUACCACCUCAAGAACCUGCAUUUUCAGCUGUUCCCGCGUAUCCUGCGAGUUCAUCGAGUGUUUAUCCACCAGGAGCUUUCGGUACAACAACACCUUUAGUUGCCCCACCACCAUCCACCUUGCGUAAACAAGUUGAACAAGUCGCAGCCCAACGUGGCUUGCUGUUUCAUCCUAUAUCAAAUAGAAUGUUUGAAGGACAACAGGUAUAUCGACUGGAAUCUCUACACGUGUUUUUCGAUCGCAAUGUCAGUUAUGUGUACACGCCAAGUGAUGGUGGUUGGCAUCCCAUAGCUUUUUCAGAAUUAAUGGAACGUGCACAGUAUUAA